AUGAAACCAAACAAGAUUAACAUGUUCGGCGAUGAUGAUGAAGGGGAAGAUGGAGUAUACAUUGAAGAUGGAGAGCCACUUUCCUCCUCAUCAUCCAUGAUGAAUAAUGCCGAUAUUGAAGACGAUGAUAGAGAUUUAAACCCUUUCAGCUACAAUAACAAUUCAGCAGCACCUAACAAUUCAUCAUCAUCCGUGCGAUUGCCUCCUGGCAUUAAACUUCCACCAGGUAUCAAACCUCCAGGAGCUAUGGGCGGAACAGCAAUGCCAACACCAACAACUUCUCAACAACAACUCGAAGAGAAAGCAAAGGCAUGGCUUAAAUUCAACAAGAGACGAUUCAAGAAUGUGAGUGGUAAGGCUGCAGGCGGCGGAGGUCUUUCAAAGAACAAGAACCUGAACAAGAUCGAACCUCCCGAAGUACUUCGAGAAAUUAUCAAAGAGCACGGAGACAUGUCCAAUAGAAGAUUUAGACGUGAUAAGCGAGUGUACUUGGGUGCUUUGAAAUACAUUCCUCAUGCAGUGCUCAAGUUGUUGGAAAAUAUGCCAAUGCCUUGGGAACAAACACGUGAAGUUGAAGUGUUGUAUCAUGUUACUGGUGCCAUCACAUUUGUGAAUGAAAUUCCUCGUGUGAUUGAACCAGUGUAUUUGGCGCAGUGGGCCACAAUGUGGAUUUUGAUGAGACGAGAAAAGAAGGACAGAAAGCACUUUAGAAGAAUGAGAUUUCCUCCAUUUGACGAUGAGGAGCCUCCAAUUGAUUACGGUGGAAAUAUUCUAGGAGUUGAACCGCAAGACGCUAUCCGAAUGAACCUGGAUCCAGACGAAGAUGCAGCCGUCAUUGACUGGUUCUAUCAACAUAAACCACUCAUGAAUGAUAGUCGAUCGGUGAACGGAUCUAGUUACAAAACAUGGAGAUUGAAUCUUCCAACCAUGACUACAUUAUACAGAUUGUCUGAGAGAUUACUCAGUGACAUUGUAGAUCCAAACUAUUUUUAUUUAUUCGAUAAGGAAUCAUUUGAAACAAGCAAAGCUUUGAAUAUGGCAAUUCCAGGUGGACCAAAAUUUGAACCACUUUUCAGAGAUGUCGAAGGAGAGGACGAAGAUUGGAAUGAAUUUAAUGACAUUCACAAAAUCAUUAUUCGACAAAAAAUUAGGACUGAGUAUAAGGUUGCAUUUCCACAUCUCUACAAUGAUCGUCCAAGAAAGGUUGAAUUAUCUCAUUAUCGAUAUCCUUUGCUUGCAUUCAACAAGUCCGAGGAUCCUGACGCUGACGCUUUCGAAUUCCAUCCUUCUCUUAACACCAUUCCUUCUUACAAAACACAACUCAACAUGGAGCAUGACUAUUUUGAAUAUGAAGAUAUUGGUGGAGAGAGUGAUGUUUUUGCUCUUCCAGAUGACGUAAAUCCUUUGCUUGAGGAUGAACCUUUAUGGACUCCAUACACAACACAAGGAAUUGAUUUAUAUUGGGCUCCAAGACCUUUCUGUAAGCGUUCAGGAAGAAUGAGAAGAGCUCAAGAUAUUCCUCUCGUAAAGAAUUGGUACAGAGAACACCCAGAAGGUGAAAAUCCUGUCAAAGUACGAGUUAGCUACCAAAAAUUAUUGAAAUGUUUUGUAUUGAACGAGUUACAUCAUCAACCAUCCAAAGCACAAACAAAAAGAAAUCUCUUUAGAGCUCUCAAAAACACUAAAUUCUUUAAGACCACCAAGAUUGAUUGGGUAGAAGCUGGAUUACAAGUUGUUAAGCAAGGGUUUAACAUGCUCAACUUAUUGAUUCACAGAAAGAAUUUGAACUAUCUUCACUUGGACUAUAAUUUCAAUUUGAAGCCAAUCAAAACUCUGACAACAAAGGAACGUAAGAAAUCUAGAUUCGGUAACGCAUUCCACUUGUGUCGUGAAAUUUUGAGAUUAACAAAACUAGUCGUUGAUUCUCAUGUUCAAUAUAGAAUGGGAAAUGUGGAAGCUUAUCAACUGGCUGACGGUUUACAUUACAUUUUCACACAUGUUGGCCAACUUACCGGAAUGUAUCGUUACAAAUACAGACUAAUGAGACAGAUUAGAAUGUGUAAAGAUUUGAAACAUUUGAUUUAUUACAGAUUUAAUGCUGGAGCUGUAGGCAAAGGUCCUGGCUGUGGAUUUUGGGCUCCAGCUUGGAGAGUGUGGCUGUUCUUCUUGCGAGGUAUCGUACCAUUGCUCGAAAGAUGGCUUGGAAACUUACUUGCUAAACAAUUUGAAGGUAGACAAAACAAGGGUACUGCCAAAUCUGUUACCAAACAACGUGUAGAAAGCCACUUUGAUUUGGAACUGAGAGCUGCUGUACUUCACGAUAUUUUGGAUAUGAUGCCUGAAGGUAUCAGAGAGAACAAGGCCAGAGUUGUUUUGCAACAUUUGAGCGAGGCUUGGCGUUGUUGGAAGGCAAACAUUCCUUGGAAGGUUCCUGGACUUCCUGGACCAAUUGAAAACAUGAUCCUGAGAUAUGUAAAAUCUAAGGCAGAUUGGUGGACUAAUGUUACUCACUACAACAGAGAACGUAUUAAGAGAGGAGUCACUGUUGAUAAAACAGUUUGUAAGAAAAACCUAGGAAGACUCACUCGUCUCUAUCUCAAGGAGGAGCAAGAGAGGCAACACAAUUACAUGAAGGAUGGUCCAUAUGUUACAUCUGAAGAAGCUGUUGCAAUUUAUACAACCACUGUACACUGGCUCGAAAGUAGAAAGUUUGCUCCAAUUCCAUUCCCUCCUCUCUCUUACAAACAUGAUACCAAGUUGUUAAUUUUGGCUCUUGAACGAUUGAAAGAGGCAUACAGCGUUAAAAGCAGAUUAAAUCACUCACAACGAGAGGAAUUAGGGUUGAUUGAACAGGCCUACAACAAUCCACACGAAGCCUUAACACGAAUUAAGAAACAUUUGCUUUUGCAACGAACAUUCAAGGAAGUUUCCGUUGAGUUUAUGGAUUUAUACAGCUCUCUCAUUCCUGUUCAUGACGUAGAACCAGUAGAAAAGAUUACUGACGCUUAUUUAGAUCAGUAUUUGUGGUAUGAGGCAGAUAAGCGAGGCCUCUUCCCUAACUGGGUAAAACCUUCUGAUUCUGAGCCUCCACCAUUGCUCAUCUACAAAUGGUGCCAAGCUAUCAACAAUUUGGCAGAUAUUUGGGAGACAUCAAAUGGUGAAUGCGUUGUCAUGAUGCAAUCCAAGUUCGACAAGAUUUGGGAAAAGCUGGAUCCAAUUUUAUUGAAUCGUUUAUUGAGACUUGUUGUUGACAGUAAUUUGGCUGACUAUAUGACUGCAAAGAACAAUGUCACAAUUACCUUCAAGGAUAUGAGUCACGUAAAUAUGUAUGGAUUGAUUCGAGGUCUUCAAUUCUCUUCCUUUAUAUCCCAAUACUAUUGCUUAGUAUUGGAUCUACUAUUACUUGGAUUGGAUAGAGCAAGUGAAAUUGCUGGUCCUCCGCGAGAUCCGAAUGUUUUCUUGACCUUUAAGGAUUUACAAACUGAGACAAACAGUCCUAUUAGACUCUACUCGAGAUAUAUUGACGAGUUCCACAUGCUGUUCAAAUUCACUCAUGAGGAAGCUCGUUCUCUCAUUCAAAAAUACCUCACUGAGCAUCCAGAUCCAAACAAUGAAAACGUUGUUGGUUACAAUAACAAGAAAUGCUGGCCAAGAGAUGCUCGUAUGCGUUUGAUGAAACACGAUGUAAAUCUUGGAAGGGCAGUCUUUUGGGAAAUUAAGAGCAGACUUCCAAAAACUCUUACCACUCUGAAAUGGCAAGACUCGUUUGUUUCUGUUUACAGCAAGGAUAAUCCAAAUCUUUUAUUCAGCAUGUCUGGAUUUGAAAUUAGAAUUUUACCAAAGAUUCGUGCUCCAGCACAACAAUUCACAACUUCAAAAGAUGGUGUUUGGGAUCUUCGUAAUGAAAUUACCAAGGAGAGAACUGCUCAAGCAUAUCUCAAGGUUAGCGAGGCAUCUAUGAGAAAAUUUGAAAAUCGUAUAAGAAUGGUUCUUAUGGCUUCUGGUUCCACAACAUUUACCAAGAUUGUUAACAAGUGGAACACUGCUCUCAUUGGUUUGAUGACCUAUUUCCGUGAGGCAGUGAUUAACACUCCAGAAAUGCUUGAUUUACUGGUCAAGUGUGAGAACAAGAUACAAACAAGAAUCAAGAUUGGCCUCAACUCCAAGAUGCCUUCUCGAUUCCCUCCUGUUGUAUUUUAUACUCCAAAAGAAUUAGGAGGCUUGGGUAUGCUUUCUAUGGGUCACAUUCUUAUCCCACAAUCAGACCUUAGAUAUUCCAAGCAAACAGAUACUGGAAUUUCUCAUUUCCGUGCAGGUAUGAGCCAUGAGGAAGGUCAAUUAAUUCCUAAUCUCUAUAGAUAUAUUCAACCAUGGCAAUCAGAGUUCAUUGAUUCGCAACGUGUCUGGGCAGAGUAUGCUGCAAAAAGAAAGGAUGCAAUGGAAAAGAAUAGAAAGCUUGCUCUCAGCGAUUUGGAAGAAUCAUGGGAUCGAGGUAUUCCAAGAAUUAACACUUUGUUCCAAAAAGAUAGACAUAUUCUUGCCUACGAUAAAGGUUGGAGAGUAAGAAAUGAAUUCAAAGCGUAUCAAGUCUUGAAACAAAAUCCAUUUUGGUGGACUCAAACACGUCAUGAUGGUAAAUUGUGGUCAUUGAACAAUUACAGAACAGACAUGAUUCAAUCUCUAGGAGGUGUUGAAUGUAUUUUGGAACAUACCUUGUUCAAAGGUACUUACUUUGUGACUUGGGAAGGUCUCUUUUGGGAACGUGCAAGCGGUUUCGAAGAGAGUAUGAAAUUUAAGAAACUCACAAACGCUCAGCGUUCUGGUUUGAACCAAAUUCCAAACAGAAGAUUUACAUUGUGGUGGUCUCCAACUAUUAAUCGUGCCAACGUUUAUGUGGGUUUCCAAGUCCAAUUGGAUUUGACAGGUAUUUUCAUGCACGGUAAAAUUCCAACACUCAAGAUUUCACUUAUUCAAAUCUUCCGUGCUCACUUGUGGCAAAAGAUUCACGAAAGCGUGGUCAUGGACUUGUGUCAAGUAUUCGAUCAACAGGUUGAUACUCUUGAAAUUCAAACCGUCCAAAAAGAAACCAUUCACCCAAGAAAAUCUUACAAGAUGAAUUCGUCAUGUGCAGACAUUUUACUUUUCGCAGCAUACAAGUGGCAAAUUACCAAGCCAUCACUCUUGACAGAAACCAAUGACACCUAUGAUACUAGCUCAAACAAAUACUGGGUUGACGUUCAAUUAAGAUGGGGCGACUUUGAUUCUCAUGACAUUGAAAGAUAUUCUCGUACCAAGUUUUUGGACUACACCAACGACAAUCUUUCAUUCUAUCCUUCACCCACAGGUGUAUUGAUCGGUAUUGAUCUUGCUUACAAUUACAUGUCUGCAUAUGGAAAUUGGUUCCCAGGUUCAAAGCCUCUCGUUCGUAAGGCCAUGGCCAAAAUUAUGAAAGCCAAUCCUGCUCUCUAUGUUCUCAGAGAACGUAUCAGAAAGGGUCUCCAAUUGUACUCUUCAGAGCCAACUGAACCAUACUUGAACAGUCAAAAUUAUGGAGAGUUGUUCAGUAAUCAGACCAUUUGGUUUGUGGAUGACUCGAAUGUGUAUCGUGUUGUUGUCCACCAAACUCAUGAAGGUAACUCUGCCAACAAGCCAAUCAACGGUGCCAUCUUUAUUUUCAAUCCAAAGACUGGUCAAUUUUAUUUGAAAGUUAUUCACACAAGCGUGUGGGCUGGCCAGAAGCGUAAGGGUCAAUUGGCAAAAUGGAAGACUGCAGAAGAAGUUACUAGCUUGAUUCGUUCUCUUCCAGUUGAAGAACAACCAAAACAAAUUAUUGUUACAAGAAAGGGUUUGUUAGAUCCUCUUGAGGUUCACUUGUUGGACUUCCCUAACAUUGUGAUUAAGGGAAGCGAGCUCAACUUACCAUUCUCAGCUCUUCUCAAGAUUGACAAAUUUAAUGACUUGGUUAUUAAGGCAAAUGAACCAAAGAUGUUGGUAUUCAACUUGUUCGAUGAUUGGAGAGAAACAACAAAUUCUUACACUGCCUUCCUCAGAUUAAUUUUGAUAUUACGUUCAUUUAACGUCAAUGCUGAAAAGACCAAGAUGAUCUUGAAGCCAAACAAGACAACUAUCACUCAGCCACACCAUGUCUGGCCUACUUUGGAUGAUCAGACAUGGAUGAAGGUAGAACUUGCUUUGAAGGAUUUGAUCUUGUCCGAUUACGGAAAGAAGAACAAUGUGAAAGUUACGUCAUUGACUCAAUCUGAGGUUCGUGACAUUAUUCUCGGUAUGGAGAUUGCCCCACCAUCCAUUCAACAACAACAAAUUGCAGAAAUUGAAAAGGAGGCUAAGGAAGCUACUCAGCUUACCACCAUCACUACCAAGAAAACAAACGCCUAUGGUGAAGAAAUCAUCACUGUUACAUCGACUCCAUAUGAACAAGAAACCUUCAGUAGUAAGACCGAUUGGAGAGUGAGAGCCAUUUCUGCUCCAAACCUCCAAAUCAGAACGAAACGUAUUUUCAUUGAACAAGAGGAUAUUUCUGAAAAUGCCUACGAUUAUGUGUUACCAAUGAACAUUCUCAAGAAAUUUAUUGCAAUUUCAGAUUUAAGAACACAAGUCAUGGGUUAUGUCUAUGGAAAAUCACCCGAAGAUAAUCCAAAGGUCAAAGAGAUUCAUUGCAUUGUGCUUGUUCCUCAAUUAGGUACUCACAAGACGAUUAGCGUUCCAAAGCAGCUUCCUGAGCAUGAAAUUUUGAAUUCACUCGAACCACUUGGUUGGAUUCACACACAGGAAUCUGCACUAAGUCACACUACUUUGACACCUCAAGAUGUUACUUUCCACUCGAAGGUUAUGAGCCAACAUAAAACAUGGGAUGGAGAAAAGACUGUCACCAUUACAUGCCAAAUUACUCCUGGAUCCUGCAACUUGACAGCUCACAAAUUAACACCAGAAGGCUAUGACUGGGGACGUAAGAAUAAGGAUAUUUUCAGUGAUGAACCUCAAGGAUUUAAUCAUGGUGCAUUUUAUGAGGGUGUUCAAUUAAUUUUAUCCGAGUCGUACAUGGGAUUCUUCAUGGUACCAGAGGAAGGAUCUUGGAAUUACUACUUUAUGGGAUAUGGUCACACUGAAAAUAUGGAAUAUGGUGUCACACUUGGCGUACCAAAAGAAUUUUAUCAUGAAGUCCACCGUCCUCAUCACUUUUUGAAUUUCAGCAUGAUGGAGGAUGUUUCUUCUCAAGGUGGACUUGCUGUUACUGCAGAGAAAACUGUAACAGUUGAGGAUGAUGAGGGUGCCGAUGUCCAGAAUUUGUUUGAAUAA